AUGGCUCGAUAUGCUUUAUUUUGUGACUUAUUUUGUGAGAGCAAUCAUUCUAAGCUUAAAAAGUACUUCUCUAACUCAGUUGGUGGAUUUUUCCAGUCUUUUAGCAAGAUUAACUUGUUACUGCAAGGUCAAUUUGUUGAUAUAAAGGCUUUCUUUGAAGACAGUCUAACUAGAGUGCCAAUUCGAUUUAGGAUUCCUUUGUACAAGGAAUUGGUGAAUGUGGUAUCUACUAUUGCCUUGGAGAAGAUUGAAACUGAAUGUGUUUCUAUUGGCAGUAUAGGAGUUAGUGUAGAGAAUUGUCUACACACAAAUGCCAAAUGUUUUGGUUUGCCAUGUGCUCAUAUGCUGACAAUUUACAGAAAUGAAGGUAAGUGCAUCCCACUCAAUGACAUACAUAACUAUUGGAAACAGUUGUGCAUCCAACCAUUCAGUCAAGACCCUAAAGAUCAAGUCACCAUUGAUACUAAGAUGGAGAUUGUGAGGAGGACAUUUGAGAUUGUUAUUGUGCCUCAGAAGCUAGAAAUAAAAAGACAGCUUCAGUCAUUAGGCAAGGCAACAUUUGAGCAUGCUAUCGAGUCUCAUGUCUUUGAAGAUGUUCAACAAAGUCAGAAUUCAAAGCAGAGUGUCAAGCAAAAGGGAAAGUAUAAAGUUCAUAGAACUAGGAAGCCAAACAUCAAAAAUUGGGUGUCUCUGUUUCUUGAUUUCUUGCAGGCCUACAUUUCCAAUAUUUUUGAUGUCCUUGGAGAUGGCCACCGUGGAUUCAGAGUCGUGGCAUUGUUCUAUGGUUGGGGUGACGAUGGUUGGCAAAUAGUUCGAAAAGAUCUUGCAAAUGAGCUUUGUAUGAAUGGAGGUCAAUAUGACAAGUUAUUAGCUCCUUUCAUGGCAGAUCAAAAGAUUUGGAUGAUCAUGCCUUAUAUGGGAAAUGUGGUAGCUACAUGCUACAAUGUUGUUGCUACACUCAUUUCACAAGAACAUUGCCUCACAUUUUUUCCUCUCAGGGAUCCACUGCCACUGGAUUAUAAGCAAGGGAUCAUGGUAUUCGGGUAUAUCAAUGACUCUCACUUCAUCAUAAUGGAAUUAGCGCAAGAUAGUCCCAUACCUCCUGUUUCAAAGAUGUGGACAGAUCAUUAUCAUACCAAUGCCAGAGGUUGUACUAUUGUGUAUACAAAACAUUUUUUCCUGGGCUCUUGUAGAGGGAUUCUGUUCGGCCCUGUGCCUUCAAGUGUCUCCAUGUAUAACACUAUUGGGUUUGCCUGUGCAUGUCUUAUAACAGCAUGA